AUGGACUCAGCAGCCAAAAUCCCCCUUUCCCAUACUCUUUGGUCUCCACAUGAUACAGUAAAGGAUGCUGCUGAACUAUUGGGUAUCACACUUCCAGAUGAUGCCGCGAAGAACUUGGCGAUGGAUGUAGAGUAUAGAAUCCAUGAGAUUCUUGAGACUGCAAUCAAGUUCAUGCGUCAUUCGAAGAGAAAGCUUCUUUCCACGAGUGACAUAAAUCAUGCCCUAAAAGUCUUGAACAUAGAGCCUCUCUUUGGCUAUGAUCAGUCUCAGCCGUUGGUGUAUAAAGAAGCUCUUUCUGGCGCAGGUGGGCAAACGUUAUAUUAUAUCGACGAUAACGAAAUAGAGUUUGAAAAAUUGAUAAACCAAGAGCUUCCGAGAGUUCCCAGACAAACCACCUUCACCGCUCAUUGGUUGGCAAUUGAGGGCGUGCAGCCUAUGAUUCCACAGAAUCCAUUGGCCUCAGAAAUCAAAAGCUUGCCCUCUGUUGUGAGAGGCGCAACAUCAUCGGUGUACGGUAAUGAUUUGCUACUGUCAUCGGGACUGAAUUCUGGCUCUUCUGAGGACUCCAAGGAUCCUAAUACCAGACAGAAAACAAAGAAGGGUGACAAGGAUGUGGAAGUUAAACCCCUCGUUAAACAUACGCUUUCCAAAGAGCUUCAGCUUUACUUCAACAAAAUUGUUGAGGUACUCAUAUCCACAGAACCAGAAAAGGAGACUUUUAAGGAUGCAGCGUUGAACUCUCUACGUACUGAUCCCGGUUUGCACCAACUCGUACCAUACUUCAUUCAAUUCGUUGCAGAACAAGUGACAAAUCAAUUAAGAAACAUUGAGCUAUUGAUUACUUUGCUAGAGGUAAUCUCCGCCUUGUGUGAUAAUAAAACUUUGUUCUUAGACCCUUACGUCCAUGCGCUCGUGCCCUGCAUUCUCACCCUCUUGCUAGCCAAAAGGGUCGGACCGCCAGUUCCUGAAAACGCUGAUGACGAUGCAGUUCUUGAAAUAAUCAAGGGACAAUUUGCUGUGAGACAAUUUGCGUCCCUUCUUUUACAGCACAUAAUCGACUCUUUUGGCUCCUCAUACUCCACACUCAAACCUCGUGUAACCCGUACAUUCUUGAGGGCUUUGUUGGAUUCUUCAAAACCUUUGGGAACGCACUACGGCGCUCUUCUUGGCAUAGAGAAGUUAGGUACGGAAGUUAUAAGACUUGUGUUGGUGGGAAAUGUAAAAAUGUGGUACAAACAAGUGAUAGAGAACGACAAGAAACGGACUGUUGAGACUAACAUCCUCAAGGAAAAGGUCAUUGAGGUGUUGGAGAAGUUGAAGAUCGAGGACACACCUCUGAAAGAUGCGAGUGCCAUGGAUGUCGAUUCUCAAGAUCCAAGCGACACGGUCAAGGAGAAAUUAAAAGAAAGAAUCGGAGAGCCAUUGGCAAACGAUCUUCUUAAAAGACCUGAUGCAAAGAGUAUUUGUCGGGGGAUUUUUAUUGGUGAAGCGAAUAUUGAAAUAUAA